CUAGCGAGAAACGUAUCUAUAUAGCAUCCGUAUUACACGUGGGUUAUUAUUUGAAAUUCAGUAUGUCAAAAAAUAACAAUACAACGAAAAGAGAAAAGGAAUCAAAAAUAUCAGCACAUACCAAUGAAGAAAAGAAUGUCAAAAUGACAUUAGAAGAAAAGAAAAAGAGUAUUAAGAAAAAAGGAGGAUAUAAUGUAUUACAACAUCCUAAAAAGAAAAAUGGGAAACAACUAAUUAAACAAAAAAAUACAUCUCAGAAAACUACUAAAAAGUUAAAUGUCUCAAAUAUGCUCAUAAAAUGUAACAAAGAAUUGUAUGAUUAUCAAAUUCAGCAACUGGAUCUGAUCCUCAAACAGUCUCUAAAUUGCCCAACAUUAACACAGGAUGAAUUAAAAAUGUUAUUUGUGAAAUACAAGUCAGAUGGACAUUAUAGAGCUAAUACAACUUUGCCACCAUUUACAAAUUUCUCAGACAACACAUGUGAUGUGAUUAAUGAAAACCAGUAUUAUAAUCAAAUGCAAUAUGUACCUACUCAUAAUAUUGACAAAAUACAUCCUAAAAACAUUACAAAUACAAUUAUAAACCCAUACUGCAAUACUGAUAAUGAAAUUCAACCUCUGAAAGAAAAUGUAAGUGUGUGUGAAAAUACACAAUCAAAUUUAAAAUGUCAUCUACCACAAAGUAUUGAGAUUCCUGAAACAAGUAAUAUGGAUAGCUUAACUGAGAAUAAGUGUCUUUCUGUUGAUUGCAAUCCUUUAAACAAUAGCAACUGUGAGCAUAUGUUUACAAACCAUGAUAUACAAAUGUAUCAAAAUAACAUUAAUGUAUUGAAUGAUAUUCAGAAUUUUAACCAAUUUAAAUCAGAUUUGAAUAUUGUCAGUACCGAAAAUGUAACAAAAGAACAUCUUAAUUAUAAAUACACAAACAAAAAUUUACUUUAUAAUAUAUUUGAUUCAAAUUUACAAUACGGAAAUUUAAACAAUAGUGAGAUUUCACAGCAAAAUGAUAUAUACAGUAUAUUACAAUAUAAUGACUUGCAGUUGAAUUCAGAUUUUUGCAAUGAUAUUUGAUUAAAUAAAUGGAACACGGAUGAAAACAAUAACCUACUCUACAAAAAUGCAAAUAACCUACUCUAA